AGACGCAUUGAUUGCACUCAUUUCUGCUCCAGGAGGAUGAUGUUUAAUGGGACACGCGCUGCAUGGCGGGAUACAAGCCCUUCAUUGGAGUUAUGUUAUGAGUGACAGCGAAGCCGACGAAAACACCUGUCUCAUGUCUAGUGAAUCUACUUCGCAGCUGUGUGAAAAUAACAGUGAUCCUACGACGAUGGAGCGAGAUUUGGAUGAACAGACAAAUGAAGAUAUUGAGAGAUUGAAUCGCUUGAGGAGGCGGAGGCAACAGACAGACAAUGAUGCCGAUGGCACAUCACGAAGUAACAGACAAAGUGAAAGCAACUCCAAUGAAGACGAAGAGUAUGAUGAGGAAGAGGAGUUGAAAUAUGGUUUCAAAAGUGUUAUGAUGUUAAUCAUUCCUGUUUCUGUUUGCUUGUUUGUUGUCGUUGCAACAGUUGUUUCCGUAACAUACUAUUCCCGAAGUUCAGGGCAAUAUCUAAUUUACACACCAUUUCAUGAACAGGAGGGAAUCUCAACUGCUGAAAAAGCUGGCCAUGCAUUCCUUAAUGCCAUCAUAGUUAUUGGAGUUGUGUUAGGGAUGACUGUUAUCUUGGUCAUUUUAUAUCUGAAAAAGUGUUAUAAGAUUAUUGCUGGUUGGUUAAUCCUGUCAUCUUUAUUACUGUUGUUCUUCUUUAGUUUUAUAUACAUACAGGAGCUAUUACAAGUGUAUAACAUAGCAAUGGAUUAUUUUACAUUAUCAAUCAUUAUUUGGAAUUUUGGUGUGGUGGGUAUGGUAUGUAUCCACUGGAAAGGACCACUCUUCCUUCAGCAAAUAUAUCUCAUUCUCGUCAGUGCAUUGAUGGCACUUGUGUUCAUAAAAUAUCUCCCAGAUUGGACCACAUGGUUUAUCCUUGGAGCAAUUUCAAUAUAUGACCUGUUUGCUGUGCUUUGUCCAAAUGGGCCGCUCCAAAUUUUAGUACGGACAGCACAAGAGCGGAAUGAACCAAUAUUUCCUGCGCUUAUUUACUCUUCGACAAUUAUGUGGGGCAUUGGAAUGGCAAAUGAGAACGAACCAGGAAAACCAACAGAAGAAGAACAAAAUGACGAAGCGUUUGACCAAGUAUCAGAUCAAGGAGAUGGUCCAUCACCUAGGGAAGCCAGUAAUGCUGUAUCGGCCCUGGCAGGGGAGAGCAGGGUGAAUAACAGAAAUGACAGAAACGAGGAAGAGGAAGAGAAGGGAGUGAAACUUGGUCUUGGUGAUUUCAUAUUUUACAGUGUUUUGGUUGGGAAAGCUUCGUCAUAUGGUGAUUGGAAUACAACAAUUGCUUGUUAUGUUGCUAUUCUAAUUGGGCUGUGUCUAACAUUACUAUUAUUGAUGAUAUUCAAGCGAGCCUUGCCUGCCCUGCCAAUAUCCAUAGCGUUUGGACUUGUUUUUAAUUUUGCCACCAGUGAACUAGUUAAACCUUUUACAGAUGAACUUGCCAGUAAGCAAGUAUUUAUAUAAAGAAAGCUCUCAAUUUGUCUGAAGAGGAGAAUGAUAAAAUUCACUACCACAAAGUUUGAAUAGAAAACAAUGAUGGAUGAAUGUGUAAAUAAAAUCACCCUUAAAGAUUAUAUCAGACAAUGGUGGUAAUCCCCUUAUCCUCAGACACCAUUGCUUUAUAGAAUAAGUUGAUAAAAUAUUGGUAAACCUUAGCAGUUGAAUUGUGGGUGCUUCUGAACAAGCAAGAUGGCCCCGGGUGCUAUAUCAAAUGUCCAAAUCCAACAACAGUCUAGAGGCUUUAGGCUCCCCCUAAAUUUUAGUAUUUUUACUUUUUAUUCCAAACUCAGAACUAUCUAGGAUUUUAAGAAAGUUAGUAUUUUUGACAAUCAUUCAUUAUCUUUGAUAUUCAAUUUAGUAAAACACAAAGUCAAUAUGAAUCGAUGUCACUAUCACCCACUAUUAGAAUCAUUCUUAACUUGCAACUAUAUAUUCUAUGGGACAACUUGCACUCCCUAAAUAUGGUAAAAUCCUUUCCCUUUCUUAAAUUGCUCAAGAAUGCACAAAAUGUAUAUAUUAUACGGUAAAUUUUAUUCAGUGAAAAAUCAUAAUCAUUGGAACAUUAAUUAAAACACUCGGGUACAAUAUAACUCAUUUAAAUUAGUUGGCUCAGCUUAUAAUUACAAUAGCAAUAAAACUGUUAAUUGUUAACUUGACUCGCCUCAUAAAAUAGCAAUAAAAAAUGUUAAUUGGUAGCAAACCUGUUGGUGAUCAUGAUUUUCCCAAACAAUGAAAUUGUGGUGUAUAGGUUUAUAAAUCGAUAAUUGGGUAAAAUCAUUAUGCACAAGAAAGACAAAUGAGCUACUAUGCAAAUACAUUCACUUCAUUUGACAAUAACUAAAAAACAAAACUUGAACAAAUAUGAGCAAUUUAGUGUACUAUUCUGUUGUAAUUAAAUGCUGAUUAUAAGAGUUAGCUGUGUAAAGUUGCCCUGUCUGUGUAGAUACAUUGAUCAUAAAUAUAACUUAGCAGAAGUUUUAAUAAAUUCCUGU